AUGUCUCCAGUCACGCCAAUCUCCCAGCAACCUCAGCUACAGACAGUUGAAUUGACUACUCCUCAAACGAACGGAAUUGUCUCUCAGCAACCGACACAAACUGAGACCAUGAAGACCGAGCCACAGAUGCAUCUCCGAGGUGGUGGAAUGGUUGGCGACUGCUUUGAAGCUAUCUGUGUUUUUGAAUGUUGCAAGGGGAUGUGCAACUGCUGCUGCUAG